AUGUCUUCUACUUCACUUUCUAGAUCCGAUUCGGGCUCAUCAAAAUACUCGACACCACCACAAACACCUUCAACGACACCACCUCCAUUCAUAAUGUACCUUAACAUGAAUACUUCAACCAUUUUAGAGGUAAUGAUCGCGGCUGACGAAUUAUGUUUACAAGAAAUAAUCGAUUAUGCGCAAAAUUAUCUCUUGCUUUAUAAACCUGGAUGGAUACAACGUAAUUUUGCCACCACGUAUAAAAUAGCAACUGUACACAACUCCUUUAAUAAACUUUUGGAAUAUUGUAAUGAAAUAAUAGUAAAUGAUCCCGAGUUGGUGCUUUGUUCAGAUGAUUUUUGUUUAUUGGAAGAAAAUGCUUUGUUAACAUUGUUAAAACGAGAUGACCUAUUAAUAGACGAAUUAACUCUUUGGGAUUAUCUAAUCAACUGGGGGAUUACUUCCACCGGGUUGUCAAGAAAUUUGUCUGAAUGGACAAACAAAGAUUACGAGAUAUUGUCUGAAAAAGUUGAAAAGUGCUUACCUUCAAUUAGAUUCCUUCACAUUUCAAGCGGUGAUUUUUAUAAAAGAAUUAAACCGUUUGCACCAAUUAUACCAGUAGAAUUAUAUGAGGAUAUACUUCAAUAUCAUCUCGUUCCGGAACAUCAACCUUCUGAAAAUUUAAUUCAACCAAAAAGGGUGACGAUUGAUUCAGUUAUUAUUGAAAGAAAACACGCCGCUUUAAUCGCGAAUUGGAUCGAUGGCAAGGAUUGUGAAACAGAAAAAGAAAACUGUUUAAAUAAUCCUUAUGAAUUUAAACUACUUCAUAGAGGUAGCCGAGAUGGAUUUACUGGUAUCGAAUUUCACCAAAAAUGUAACUCAAAAUGUGCCACCGUUUCAAUUAUGAAAAUUUCUAAUACUGGUGAAUUAAUCGGUGGAUUCACUCCUAUUAGUUGUAGAGUGAAAGAUCCUUCCAGGGCAAUCAAUUAUUAUAAGAAUUAUGGUCCUUCUUUUGGUGGAAAUGAUUUAAAGUUGGCUGGUAAUUUUAAAAUUGACACAAAAUGUCAUUGUAGGCAAGAAGAUUAUGAAAAUCCUAUUAGGAAUGAUCCUAGUAGUUUUAACAUUGAUGAAUACGAAGUGUUUCAAAUUAUUCCAAGGCGGCCAGAUUUAAUGAACUUGUAA